AUGAAUGUACCAAUCAAACUCGAGAUGAUUUACUCCGAAAUUGAAGAACAAAAGAAAUUAGCAUUACAUCAAAUAACAUUAAUAUAUAAUGGGUAUGUAUUGCCAAAGAAAGGAAAAUGUGAAGAAUGGAAUAUUAAUGACAAAUCAACUAUCAGAAUGAUACUCCCUCUUGUGUGUACUAUUAAAAAACUCUCACAAACUGAAGGACCAUGCUGUGGUGGAACAAGGAUUUCCAUCAAUGGGAGAUUUCCAUAUUCAGGAAGAAAGUAUCAAGUAGAAUUUGGAACUAUUACCACAUUGGCAACAUUUAAAUCACAUACAGAAAUAAUUGUAAUUACACCUGCACAUGAACAAGGUGUGGUUAAUGUUAGAGUGUGUUAUGAAGGAGGAGAAGAAUCAAAUCCAUUACUCUUCACAUUUGUACGAUUUGAAGGAUUUAAUAGAAAAUAUGCAAGAUGUGCAACAACACCAACAUUCACAUUAGGUGAUAAUGUCCAAUAUUCUAUUCAAUAA